CACCAAGUCCCCCCCACUCGCUCUCAUUCCUACCGCCACCAACGCACAGACCGCUCCCUUCUCCUCCAUAUUUCCAAUUUUUUGCUUCACACUGUAAUCGACCUCAUCAUGGAUGACGAAGUCGAGUAUUUGGGUACCAAUUUUGCUCAGCUAGCUGCUUGCCCCUGUGAUCCACAGCAACCGGUGACAGGUGUCACUCUGCACGUCGAGUCGUGCGGUGGAAAGCCCGCUCAUAAUGUUUCCUUCUUCAACACCCGCACCUCCCAUGUUCACAUCGGUCGCAAAUCAAUCUCAGAUGAUAGGUCAAUGAGGAAAGAGAACGACGAUCAGAAUGCUGUGUUUGCAUGCCCCGUAGUCAGUGCAAAGCACGCCAAACUUGUGUUGGCCUCCAGCGGCCACGUGUAUAUUGUUGAUCUCAAGUCCCGUCACGGAACUCAUUUGCAGAAGCAAGGCGAGACAACAUCUAAGAUGUUACAGCCUGAAGCGGAGACUACCCUUGCUGAUGGCGAUAUCGUGACGUUUGGUAAAGCUGUGGGGCAAGGCGCUACCCUCGUUUCGCCGGUCACAGUUCGCAUCGAAUUUUUGCGCGAUAUUUUGGAUAUGCGCGACUCGCCUCCGUGGCGUAUUACCCCUGCCGAACCCUCAAGUCCUCGCCCACGAAAAUUAAGCACCGGGCGCUAUGGCCUUAACAGUCCCAUUUCAUAUACUUCUUCCCCAUCUCAUUCUUCAGAGUCCCUUUCAUCUCCAUCAGGCUCAUCCAAUGAGGCUGCUUCGCAUUCGGAGCAUGAAUCUGAUAUAGAAGAGAUACCGUCCUGGGAAGAACUUCGUUCCUGUGUCUCAUCCCUGCGCCAAGAUUUCCCUACAGACUUUCUGGGUGGUUCAUUACUCGGAAAGAUGCCAUCACUCGGGUCGUUGAUGCAGGAUAUAUGCCAUAAAAUCGCGGACCCACUUGACAUAGAUUCUCCUCAACCUUGGUCUCCACCGGCCAUUGCAGCCAUUGCGUCCAUUGAUGACAUAGAUUCUCCUCCUUGGUCCCCACCGGCCAUUGCAGCCAUUGCGUCCAUUGAUGACGAUGAUGCGCCUUCGUCCAUUGUCCACCUUGAAGAUUUGCGGUCUCACUCUCCCAUGGAGCUCUCCACGCCAUCUCCAUCGCCCCCUCAGGCCCCCUCGGAGCCGGAAGUCGUUGGCGCAUGGCCACCGUCCCGGGCUGACUCCCUGCAGUCCGCUUCACGUCGGUCGGAUGAAUCGAACAGAGUCAAACUUCCAUCGAUGUGCUCAUUUGGGCACAUGGGAUCCCUCGAGUCGGGAUCUUUUGAGAGCUUUCCAGAACGGCUCCCUUCGCUUUCUAGUUUUCCGCCGUUUGUGCCGCUGGAGGAUGAACCGGCCAUCCUGGCACCCAUUCCUGUUCUUCCUUCCAUUACCGAGGUGCGGCCGGAUGAAUCCCAAGGUUCCGGCCAUGACGACCAUGGAGAUCUGCGCGAUUCCAUAAAGACUAUCGAGGGUCGAGUAAAUGCGCUGCAUUCCAGCGUUACUGACAUCAAGAAUCGCCACGCUUUGACAGAGGACGACCUCUACGACCUUCAGCAUCAAGUUGAUAUGCUCGAGCCUGAAUCUGACCAACUUUUUGCACGCUUGGAGGCCGCAGAAGACAAGCUAUCUACUUUGUCAGACCUACAGGAUCAAGUCUCUGAGUUGCAAUCCAAGGCUGACGCAGAAUGCUGUGACAACUUCGCGUCGCCCAUUGCAGAUGUCAAGGCUUGUGCCGACGCUCUCAAUGCCCUCGUCAUUGAAAUGAAGACCUUACGCGAGGAGACUGAAAAACGUGUGGAGGAGAGGAUUCAGACAAUCCAGAUCGCCAGGACGGAGGCGCUGUCUGUCAUCGCUGCAGAAGUAGAGACUUUCAAAUCGACUUUCAAAUCGCUCAAACGCAAGCGCUCUGAGGUUGAAAUUGAGGUUGCUCCUCCAGUCAAGAUGGAUAUUGAUUGUGGAAGAAGCCCCAACGAUGGCUGCGAAACCUGAAUCACCAGUCGAAGAUUACAGACAUGCCAAACGGCCCAGGAGGAUAAUGUCAUCCAUCGCGCACACCGCCACGGCCAUGGCAGUUGGUGCAGUUGCUACUUGGUCUGCGCUCGCCUUUUCGUAAAUUUCAGAAGAAUUCGCGUAUUACAGUUGCUAAAAUGCAUAAUUGGUUCUUGGUUUGUACCACCAC